UGUAAUACACCAAAAAACCCAAAACCCCACCAGAGAGAUCAGAGACUGAAGCAACUCAAAAUUCAUAGAGAGAAGAAGCAAAGAAGACAGACAGACAGACAGACAGACAGGUAGAAUGAAGAAUAUACCUCUGCUUUUGAUGGGUUGUGGGGGCGUUGGUCGCCAACUCCUCCAACACAUCGUGUCCUGCCGAUCCCUCCAUGCCCAACAGGGUGUUCAUUUGAGAGUAGUUGGAGUUUGUGACAGUAAAUCGUUAGUUUUUGCAUCUGACGUGAUUACUAGAGAGUUAAAUGAUCAAACUUUAUCGGAAGUUUGCCGGGUUAAGUCGAAUGGUUCAUCUCUUUCAGCUCUAGGUGAUCUGGGUGAAUGCACAGUAAAUGGGAAUACGGAAUCCAAGAGGAAAGUUAUGGACAUUGCAGCUCUUCUCGGGAAGGCAACAGGUUUGGCUUUUGUGGAUUGUUCUGCAAGUUCGGAGACUAUUAGAAUGCUAAAUCAAGUUGUUGAUAUGGGAUGCUGCGUUGUUCUGGCAAAUAAGAAGCCUCUUACUUCUACAAUGGAAGAUUAUGACAAAUUGGUCUCUUAUCCGCGUCGUAUCCGGCACGAGUCAACUGUUGGUGCUGGCCUUCCUGUCAUAGAAUCCUUAAAUCGAUUACUUUCAUCAGGAGACCCUGUCCAUUGUAUUAUUGGGAGUUUGAGCGGUACAUUGGGAUAUGUUAUGAGUGAGGUUGAGGAUGGAAAGCUGUUUAGUGAAGUUGUUAAAGCUGCUAAAAAUCUUGGAUUCACUGAACCAGAUCCACGUGAUGACCUCAGUGGGAUGGAUGUUGCAAGGAAGGCUUUGAUUCUGGCUCGACUUCUUGGGAGAAGGAUUAACUUGGAUAGCAUUAAAAUUGAGAGUUUAUACCCUGAUGAAAUGGGACCUGAUGCAAUGUCUGUUGAGGAAUUUUUGGGUAGUGGUAUUGUAUCACUGGACAAUGAUGUUCAAGAAAGAGUUAAAAGGGCUUCGUUGAAUGGCAACGUGCUUCGUUAUGUCUGUGUAAUUGAAGGAUCGAGCAGGUGUGAAGUUGGCAUUCAAGAGCUCCCCAAGGAUUCUCCUUUGGGUAGAUUGAGGGGCAGUGACAAUGUGUUGGAGAUAUACAGCCGAUGUUACAACAAACAACCUUUGGUUAUUCAAGGCGCUGGAGCUGGCAAUGAUACCACAGCAGCUGGUGUGCUUGCUGAUAUCCUGGAUAUUCAGGAUUUAUUUCCUUGAAAAGAGUAGACAGUGCAAAAUUCAUGUUGAAGACCAAAGAGUUGAAAUUACCCUGUGCAUCGUCUUGUUGCACAGCAAAAGCCAGUUCUGGAAAAAUAGAGUGGAGAAUUUCAUUUGGAGUCCACUGUUUCAUUUGGCUCAAAUCUGCAGGAUUCACCUGGCACCUAUUAUUGCUGGCAGCUCAAUUUUUGAGAUGAUGAUGCGUGCAUAAAAAGAAAAAAGACUAGUUAAAAUAAGCUUCUGUGUACGUGAAGCAUGCUUAUCAUGUCAGGAUGAUGUAUCAUGUUGGGCUGUGCUUGCCAUUUUCUGGAGUAUGUGAUCUCACUGAAAUUAAAGAAUGCCAAGUUUGAAGUCUGAGUGCAAGUCAUCUUUUGGCUUAAUAUUUUACUUCUCCGGUGUAUUAACACAAGGGAGUCUUUGAGCCCCUGUAAUUUGAACGGUAACAGUCUCUUGACUUCUAAAUUGGAGUUGGGAAAUUGGAAGUGA